AUGAACCAAACAGUAACAUAUACCUCUUUAGAACAUCAAUGUACACAUAAAAGACAAAUAGUCUUCAAACCUGGAACAAAUUUAAAAGUUUUAGGUUUUGAGUUGGCUCCAUAUUUCACAUUAGUACAACCACCUGAUUUAACAAUACCAAACGGACAUGUGUCUGGUUUAGAGGUUGAACUUCUCAACCUGCUUACAGUUGACUGGCCAGUGGAGAUUGAGGUCCGUCCGAUGUAUUCAUGGGAUGAAAUUCUGGCAGAUUUAGAAAAUCAUAAAGCUGAUGUAGGGUUAUCAGCAAUCUGGCAGUCGAGAAUCCUCUCGAAUGAUUUAGACUUUCUUCAUCCUUAUAUGGGUGUAACCUCUACGUUCCUAGUACCGGAUGCCAUGCUUCUUCCUAAAGAAACAUACGUAUUUCAAAGUUUGAGCAUUGGUGUAUGGCUAAUCAUCUUUGUAGCAAUCAUACUCAUCUCCCAGGUGAUAAAAUACAUCGCAAAAUGGCAUGAACGUCGACCAGUUGAUAAUUAUUUGAUGAUGGCCUUGUCUUAUUAUGCAAUUAACAGUACUACAAGUCAAGCACACUCGAAAUUCUUUCAUGCUGUGGUAUUGAUGUGGUCUUUUGCAAGUCUCCUCUUGAAUACUUCAUAUUCUGCUGGGUUUACGUCGAUUGAGAAUGUUCCACCUACAACUAAACCGAUUAAUACGUUUCAAGAUGCUAUUGAUAGACAACUGAGGUGUUACUCACUUGGGGACUUCAGUCAGGGUUUAUUGAGAGCUUCAAUGGAGCCGGAUAAGAUGAAGUUUGCUGAUAUGAUGAUUAUUCUGGAAACUACGCCUCCGGUUGGUGUUUGCACUGGGGUGGAUCUUCUUUUGAAUAGUUAUGUCUUCGCUGGUUAUAAACUGACAAAUACUGAUUUGGUUACUUUGAAGUUGUUGUUGGAUAAUAUCCAGUCUACUUACAAUGUGUUUGCGGUUGCAAGGAAUUCUCCGUAUUUUCGAGACUUGGAUACACGGAUGAUAAUGUUGAAGGAGUAUGGUUUUGUUUCGGGAAUGUUGAAGAAGUAUUCCGGGGAUCAAUCGUUGCAAGAUUUGAAGGAUUUUAAUAGAAAUUUGUUCAGUGACAGGGAUUAUACAGCGAAAGAAUUCAAAGAAGUGCAAGGAGUGUUUUAUUUGUUGAUGAUCGGAUCAACACUGGCUUUAUUUUGUUUUAUUGGGGAGUGGGUCAAAGCGAGGUAUACGAAUGGGGAGAUACUCAGAACGAGUUAA